UACGUCGAUUCGGUGAGAAGUUUUGAAAGGACGAAUAAUUUAAUAUUUUUAUUGUCAUGAUUAUUUUCUCAAAUACGGAAAUUAAUUUCUUCGUUAAAAAAUACGUUAUAAAGUUCCUAUUUGCCAAUGGUUUAAAUCAAAUACAUAUUUAACUUUCUGUUUAUAACCUAAAUAUACAUAACCAUUCCAUUCAAAUAUAAAUUCAUGAUACCGAAAGCAAGUACAUUGAUGAAAGUAUCUAUAUUAAAAUAGACGCUUUAUAUGAUCGGUUCAUUCAUCGCUACUCUGACACUAUUGUAUAGUGAUUUGAAUAAUGAUUCGUCAACAACUGUAAAAAAUGCGAUGCACUAACGAGUAGUUAUUCGGAAUAACUAGAUUUUUUUAUACUUUUUGUAGUGACAUUAAAUUUUUUGUGACUUUUUUUUUAAUGACAGAAUAAUGCUGUCUUUAAUUUCAAGUAUGUGGCAUUCAACAGAAAGUAUGAUUGCUGAAUAUAUCAAUUUAAAUGUUACAUUAUGGCUUUUAAUGCCAUUAUUGAUAACAUUUCUUCUUCCGCUGGUGAUUGUUCUAUUAUUAUAUAUCACUGCCUUGAUUUUAUAUGUUUAUCGACUCCAUAGGCAUAGGCUGAGAAAUGCAUAUGGGACUGAUUGGAGGAAUGCAUCACGAAAUGUAGUAGCUGCUGUUUGGGACGCACAUGGAUGGAUAUGGCAUGGUUAUGAAGUUGUUGGUUUAGAAAACAUUCCAAAAGAUGAGUCUGUUCUAUUUAUUUAUUACCAUGGAGCCAUUCCCAUAGAUCUUUACUACUUUAUAUCUAAGGUGUUUCUAUUCAAUUCAAAACUUAUUCACACUGUUGCUGAUAGAUUUCUCUUUAAAUUUCCUGGCUGGUCCAUAAUUUCUGAUGUUUUAAAAGUUAUACCUGGAACGAUUCAAACUUGCUCAUCAAUUCUGAAGGAUGGUAAUAUGCUUGCUAUAUCACCUGGUGGUGUUUAUGAAGCUCAAUUUGGAGAUGCAUAUUAUCAACUUAUGUGGAAAAAAAGAUUAGGAUUUGCUAAAGUAGCACUAGAUGCUAAAGUGUCAAUAGUUCCAAUGUUUACAAAAAAUGUUAGAGAAGCUUUCCGGACAGUAACUUGGGGAAGAAGAUUGUGGUUGAGAUUAUAUGCUGCAACUAGAUAUCCAUUUGUUCCAAUCUAUGGUGGUUUUCCUGUCAAACUGAAAACAUAUGUUGGCAAGCCAAUUCCAUAUGAUGAAGAUCUUACUCCCGAACAAUUACAGACGAAAAUUGCUACAGCACUUUAUGAUUUAAUUAAAGAACAUCAAAAAAUACCAGGAAGUAUUUUACGAGCAUUACUAGAAAGAUUUGAUUACAGAGAUACAAUGUCAAGUGAAUCUAAAACUGAUACUUCCAAAACAAAACGUGAAUAAAUUUUUUAAAUUGUAUUAAAUUAUUAGAAUCUCACUAUAUAGGGUUGGGAAUUCCAGAAAUCAUUAUUGUAAAGAUUUAUCAAUUGCAAAUGUAUAUUAAUUUUUUUUUAUAUAUUACUAAUUGUUAAAAAAAUCACAAGAUUCUUCUUCACAACAAUUUAAAAAUUUAUUUUCCUAUAAAUCGUUUCAAAGAGAAAUAGAUAUAUUUUAACCUUGUUAUUUUAUGGGAAAAGUAAAAAAAGUCGGUUUAUUUCGCUAACUUACAUAUAAACUCUACGUAGAUAAAAUAUUGCAAAUUUGUGUUUUUAAAUACAUUUUUAAUGAACAAAAUUGAUUAAAAUGUUACUAUAAAGUUAUAAAGUCCAAGCAUGAAAUUUCUUUGUUAUUAAAAAUCAAACGCUCUAUUAUCGAUGUAGUCAAGAAUAUUUGUAAUAUCAAAGUUAAGAGUACAUCUUAUACAUCUAAUAUUAUAUUUAUUAUGUAAAGAUUGACUGUAAAUUAUAAAAUAUAAU